AUGCUGGAUUUCAUGGACUAUGUCCAGGCGGCCUUCUCCCGGACCUCGCGGUGGAACGUCGACAACAGCUAUGCCGCCUUGACCACAACCUCAACCAACCUGCUCGACUUUCACAUCCCUCAAGGUCUACGCCUCCAUCUCUCCUCGCUCUCCGCCCCGAACUUCGCAACGAGCUACACAUUGGGCAGCAGGGGUGUGGUCGAUGGCGCUCUCAGCUUCCUAUACUCAAGCUUGGGCUUGAGAGCGAUCAGCAGGAGCAGCGACGUCUACUUGAGCAAUUUUGUCAGAGGCUACAGGCAUCUACAAGAGCUGAACAUUGCGGAAGAGAGAGCGGUGACGCAGACAUCAGAGGGUGGCCAGCAGAAAGAACGCAGAGAUGCAUUGCUCUACGGUCGUCUCUAUCUGCCUUCAAGCACACUGGAAGCUCUGUACUUGAGACGCCUUUCGCCAUCGCGACUCCUACGGCUGAACUGUGUGUCUGACGGAGACUUGCCGAACGGGGGUACCAUUCUCGCUGUUCUGCAGAACGACUACGGAAAGUACAGCACUGAAUAUCUCUACUCGACCGACUCGGCCCUCAUUGGCCUACGAGGCCUCUGGAACUUCGGAUUCGAUCCAAGAUUUCCCAACUUCCAACCUGCUUCGCGUCCACCAGCACAUCCGUGGGAUCAUCAGAAUGGCCGUCUGAGCGCGGGUGCGGAGGUCUAUUUCAGUCCGCUGAACAAGAGUGGUGGCAUCAGCACAGGCUUGAGGUUCACGACCCUUCCAAUCCACACCGGCUUCCCGUACACCAUGGCGCUCACGGUCAAUCCACUGAUGGGUAACCUGAGCUCCACAUACGCGGUGAAGGCUGGUCCAAAUCUGGCUCUGUGCUCCCGUUUUGACUUCAACGUGUAUAGUUAUGAAAGCGACGUGGUAGUAGGCAUGGAGCUUUGGAAACGUGAGCAGACUCACCCAGAAGUGGCUUGGGCCAAGUCACAGCUCCGGCCAGACUGGAAGAGACCAGAUGGCGACGUGAAUGGAGUACUCAAGGCGCGCAUGGACAAUCACGGCAAGAUCGGGUUGCUCUGGGAAUGCCGCGUGAAGGAACUGCUGUUGAGUCUGGGUGCCGGGUUCGACCUGAAGAACCGAGAUCGGAUGCUGGGUAAUGUAGGGGUCGCCGUCAGCUACUCCAGUUAA